AAAGAAAUAUCAACCGCACCCUCCUGAAGAGCCAGUGUUCUUCCUAGAUGAAUAUCCUGAUGUGAAUAGAUCCUUGUUAGAAACCAGAAAACGGCGUUCAAUAGCAGGGAACGUUCACAGGAGUCAGUAUGUCGAGACCCUGGUUGUGGUGGAUAAAUACAUGAUCAAGAAACAUGGAAGCGAUAAGAUCACAGCAUACGUUCUCACAAUAUUUAAUAUGGUUGCAAAGCUAUUCCGGGAUUCAUCCCUUGGUCAUACCAUCAACAUGAUUCUUGUGAGUCUUAUGCUUCUAGAAGAUGAUCAGCCUGGCUUGACCAUCUCUCAUCAUGCUGACCGAUCAUUGAAUAGCUUCUGUCAAUGGCAGUCCACCUUGACCACACCAAACGGAACCCAUCAUGACCAUUCAAUACUGCUGACCGGAAAUGAUAUAUGCUCCUGGAAAAAUGAACCAUGUGAUACAUUAGGUUUUGCACCUAUUGGUGGGAUGUGUAGUAAAUACCGGAGCUGUACAAUAAAUGAAGAUACUGGAUUAGGAUUAGCAUUUACAGUUGCUCAUGAAUCAGGUCACAGCUUUGGGAUGGUCCAUGAUGGCGAUGGCAACGCCUGCAGGAAGUCAGCUGGUGACAUCAUGUCCCCCACCCUCUCUGGUCACAGUGGCAGGUUCACCUGGUCAGCCUGCAGCAGGAAAAGCCUUGAUGAUUUUCUGAGGACUGAUCGAGCUGCAUGCACCUGGGAUGAGCCGAUAGGUAUAGCCGAGUACCAGUACCCGCCCAGUCUACCUGGAGAGCUGUACAGCGCUGAUCAGCAGUGCCAGUGGCAGUUUGGACCAAAGGCUCGCCUCUGCUCCUUCAAUCUUGGAAAGAGUCUCUGCCAAUCCAUGUGGUGCCAUCGAGGGGAACGACGAUGUGAAACCAAGUUCCUGCCAGCGGCCGACGGAACCCCCUGCGGCGCCACCAUGUGGUGCAUCCAGGGCAAGUGCCUAGACCGGGGCCAGCUGGGACCCACCAUGGUCCACGGGAACUGGUCAGAGUAUGGCGAUUACGACGUCUGCUCCAGGACGUGUGGGGGUGGGGUGCAGUACAAGGAGAGGCGAUGCGAUAACCCCCACCCUCAGAAUGGAGGCAAAUACUGUGAAGGACCAAGCAGGAUAUACAGAAUGUGCAACAUUCAGGAGUGUCCGGACCAUUCGGUGGAUUUCCGAGCCCAGCAGUGCUCCUCCUACAAUAGCCGUCCUUUUCGAGGGUUCUACUAUGACUGGAAGCCUUAUCUACAUGUUAAUAAAAAUGAAGCCUGCAAGCUGUACUGCAUCGCUGAUGGGUUUGACUUUUACUUUGCCCUCUCUGGGAGUGUGGUCGAUGGGACAAAAUGUGAUGCCGAUUCCAACAACGUCUGUGUAAAUGGACGAUGUGAGAAAGUAGGUUGUGAUCACAUCCUUGGCUCCGAUGCCCAACCCGAUGCAUGUGGUGUUUGCCAUGGUGAUAACUCAACAUGUGACUUUGUCAGAGGCGUUUAUUCUGAACAACAUGAGAGAAAUGAUUACUAUGAGGUUGUGAGGAUACCGCAAGGUGCCCGUCAGAUCAGCGUAGCAGAACUCAGCUCCUCGGACAGUUACCUUGCCCUCAGGAACAGCAAAUAUAUGUAUUACCUCACGGGAGGGUGGACGGUCGACUGGCCUGGUAACUUCAAAUUUGCCGGGACUCUCUUUGAGUACAGGAGGCCUUUCAAGAAGCCAGAGUACCUGGAAGCUAAGGGGCCUACUGAUGAGGAGUUGAUUGUAGAGAUUCUGUUACAAGGAAAGAACCCUGGUGUGGAAUAUGCGUAUACUGUUCAAGGCUCACAUAUAUCAUCAGCUCCAGCAGUACACACAUACACAUGGAACCAAACCUACACCGGCUGUUCGGCAUCAUGUGCUGGAGGAGUAAGGACUGAGGUAUUGAGUUGCCAUCGUGAUUAUCUUCAUGAGGUUGAUGAAUCGUUCUGCGAUGCUGCCACCAGACCUGAUCCACAAGUCGUUGCAUGCAACAAGGAUCCUUGUCCACCAAGGUGGACGGUUAGUGCCUGGAAGUCCUGCAAUCGUCAGUGUGGCGGCGGUCGUCAGAAACGCAAGGUCACGUGCGUGAAGGAGCUAUCAGGGGGCAGGAACAAGACGGUCAAAAGCACUUACUGCCCUUCACCAAAGCCACAGAAAUGGAGGUCCUGUAAUUCCCAGGACUGUCCACCCAAAUGGGUGCCUGGCAGGUGGUCAGAGUGUUCCCGUACCUGCGGUGAUGGGUUUCAGACUCGCAUGGUGUCCUGUGUCUCCCUCACUGGCAAUGGGGAAUACCACCGUCAAGCUUCCGACCGGUGUCGGGGCACCAUCAAGCCCCACACCCGCCAGCCCUGCAACCUCAUGGAGUGCCCCCUCAAAGUUCAGUGGUUUAUAUCUGCCUGGAGCGAGUGCUCAAGAACAUGUGGUCUUGGGAAGCGACAACGCAUCAUGAAGUGCAGCCACCUUGAUGACCAGGGUCAAUACAGAGAGCUUCCAGCGGUCAGAUGUCAACAUCUCAGCCAACCUGUUCUUUCAUUGUCCAAACCAUGUAACCUUCAACCUUGUACGGUAGAGGUCAGAGGUCGUUGGCAACCGGGUGAUUGGUCACAGUGCAGCGCCACGUGUGACGGAGGUACUAAAACAAGACAAGUCCAGUGUGUUAGUACUAAUAGCGUUAGAGUUGGACCCAACUCAAGACUUAUAUGUGACAACAGUAUAAAGCCAGAAGAAAAUAGAAAUUGCAAUACAGAUCCAUGUCCAUCACGGAGUGCUUAUCCCUAUGCAGCAUGCAGAGAUGAGUACAACUGGUGUUACCUCGUACCUCAACAUAACGUAUGCUCACAUAGGUUCUAUGGAGUCAAAUGCUGCCAUUCCUGCACCUACAGGGGUUGAACAGAUGAGACAAAGACUCAUAUUAAAUCUUUUAUCUGAUACCUCUCUCAUGCUGUCCAGUCUACUUCCGUAGGCCAAAGACUACUGGAUGAUAUCACCAGAGAGGCAGUUGUGGCAUAUGCUGCAUUGGCAUCUAGCAGACCUUGUUUCUCCAACAAAGAGUACUCUGAUCUUGAUGCUGAUUUGAGGGAAAGGUGAAAGCAGUUUAGACCAUUCCUGUUGGAUGACAGUCAUGCCUGUUUUUAAGGGAUUGUCUUUUCUUGGGUGUAGGGGGUGUUGCUGAAUCAUCUAGUCAUGUGACAUGGUUUCUUAUGAUUGAGACACAUGAAUUCCUUUCAUCUUGAUGCUAACUUAUUUGGAAGGAGAGGUUUAGAAGAACCAAACUUUCAUCUUUUGGGCAAAAAGAAAUUCAGUAUUGAGACACUUGUGAGAAAUUGUUUGUGGAUAUUGUUCCAGAGUGGAUCACAUUGAUGUCCAGUGACCGUUAUUCAUCAACAUUUGGAUACUCUUUAUCUUCAUGAUUAUUGUGUCCUGGAGGGAAUUGAAGAGACCCGAACCGAAGUUUCUGUUUAACCUUGAUCAGCAUUUAUUUUUUUGGAUUGAUAAAAAUUGAAAUAGCUGAAUCCUUUCUUUAUGAAAUUAAUGGAAACUUAUGAGAUGACACUUAUUAAUGCCAAAAUGGAAAGGAAUAGUAUUCAUCUUGAAACCGGUGACAGUUUGCAGAGGACUAUAUAGUUGUGGAUACUGUUCAAGUAUCAUGCCCACAUAGUAUUAAGUGUAAAUUUUCAGUCAUGGGUCAUUCAUCCUCUUCUAGAUUCUCCAAAUACUGGCUGAAAGAGAAUAUGGGAAUACAUGUAGUCUUUUCAUUGGUCUUUCUGCAAUCUUGGACACACUUUCUAGAUGCACGUUCUCAAAUCUACCACCGUUACCUGAAUCCCGGCAGAUAUGUGAAUUAUAAAUGACACUGUAGAGAAGCUGUUCACCAUCAUCAUCCGCUGUUUCUCCAAAUAUGAAUGUCUCCAUCGUGAAUAUUGCCAGUCAUAUAUGCAUCAAGCCCCUGAACUCACCAAGCCUUCAUUGUCAGAGAAGCAUAAUCUUUGUUUGCUGCACUGCAAUUGGAAUGAUGGUUUUCUUCUGUGAACCAAGUUAAGUAGUUAACCAGUUCACACACAGCUUGAGUAUUCGCUCACUCUGAAAAAAAAGGAAAAGAAAAAUAUUCUCUCAGACAUAUUUGUUUGUCACAUAAAUCAGAUUUUGUUUUUUAAUCUGAAUUUUUCAGUAUUCAACUAAUGCUGCUUGUUGUUUAUUGAUUGUCAUAUCCACUAUGGAUUAAAUAUGUCUGGAUGUUACAAAGUUGUGAACUCUAAAUGUAUCCAUGUUAAAUAUAUAUGUCAAUAAUGAAGAACCUUCCAAACACAAGAAGAGAUUUUAUAUCAUAUUUCCAUU